AUGACCGCGGUAAACGCAGACAGACAAGAAGCCGAGGUCUCUCUUGGACCCAUCGGGACUGGAAUCUACUACCUCUGCCAGUGGAUUUCCCCCGACCCAACUGGUCUUGAACAAGUAGCCAGUAGUGGCCCGGGGCUAUCGGACUGGAGUCUGGCCAUCAACCUCAAGACAGACGAUCUCGUCUUUCUCAACACCGCCGGCUACAACUCAGGAUACUUCAAAGUCCAUGGAGCGCCCGGUGGGGCCCUCUUCCUGCUCAAAGAUUGGAUGAUCCAGUCGCGCGAUUCAAACGAAAGCUUUAAUGUCCUUUACGCGGACAUAUACCAUCCCGGCGAUCCGAAUUCGACAUGCACGAGGGAAAACCUCGUCGAGUUCGCUCGCCGGUGGAAUGGAUUCGAGUUGAUCGGGGACGAUAGGAGGUAUUACUUAACGCUCAUCAAGUCGAUCGUGCAGCGGGAGGAAAAGGAGGAACAGGAUCGAUGGAGAGCCGAGGAGGAAGAAAAACAGAGGCAACUGCGGGAGUUGGAGAGAAAGUUUCCCGAUGGUGUGACUUGGUCUGCUCUCGCGGCGGACCAAGAAAAGGAGGAGGACGAGCAGAUGGCGUCGAUGCGACAAAAUGAGGAGGACUUCCCGCCACGAGGACAUGAUGAUAGCUAUGCCGGCUAUUUCAACCAAAACGAUGACGACGAUGCUGACUCUGACGACGAUGACGACGAUCGUUGA